CCAGACCUGCAGCCCCUCCAGGAUCCAGACCUGCAGCCCCUCCAGGAUCCAGACCUGCAGGUCCUCAUGGCUGUGUAUGACGAGAACAUCCUGAAGAACCUCUUCUACAUGGCGCUGGAGAAGCAGAGACCGGACCUCUGCAGCCGAGUGGCGGAGCUGCACGGCAUCGUUCUGGUGCCGUGUUGCGAGAGUUUGACCGGCGCCGGAUUCUCCGACUCUCAGUUUGAGAGUUAUGUCCUCCAACCGGCAGAGGACGGGUACCUGACUGUGGACGGGAAGGAGGUCCGGAUCCAGGACCGCCGGGUCCUGCUGGGCUCCGGCUUCCCGUCUCCGUCCUCGGUGGCCGUCCUGUUCGAGGAGACCUUCUACAACGCCCGCGAGCAGAGCUACAGCAUCCUGUGCAUCGCCCGGCCCGUGGAGGCGGAGCCUGGCCCGGCCGCCGCCCCCGGCCCGCCGUACCGCCUGAGGAGCCUGGAGGACGUCCGGAGCUUCCUGGGCCGCCAUGGCCAGAAGCUGGACAAGUUCAUCCUGGUGUUCAACCAGAGCUUCAGGGAGCAGGAGAGGAGGGGGCUGCGGCACCACAUCGACUCGGUGAACGGUCUCUACACUAAAUGUCUUCAGUGUCUUCUGAGGGACUCUCGUCUGAAGCUUCUGGCCAAGCAGGAGCUCCAGAUGACGCUCCUCAAGCAGGCGGUGGAGAUGUACGUUCAUCACGGGAUCCACGAUUUGAUUUUUAACUUCGUGGGAACGCUCGAGGCCGGCCAGGACGCCGCCUUCAACAAGACCACCAGGAGUCUGCAGGAGCUGCAGCAGAGCGAGCUGGGAGUGAAGCCGCAGUUCAGUCUGAACCUGCCCCGGGCGAAGAGAGAGCUCAGUCAGCUCAACCAACAGACCUCCCCCCUCCUCAAGCUGCUCUGCCUGCGUCGAGCCGCUCUGACCGCCACCCAGACGCCACGGGGCGCCGUCGGCAUGGAGGCCGUGUGUGCAGACGACCUGCUCUCCGUCGCCCUCUACCUGCUGGUCAAGACGGAGAUACCCAACUGGACCGCUAACCUGAGCUACAUCCGUAACUUCAGCUUCAGCCACUCUGGUAAAGACGAGCUGAGCUACAGCCUGAGCACCUUCGAGGCCGCGGUGGCCUACAUCCAGCUGGGCAAGCUGCAGGAGACCCGCUCGAGCUCCGGGGAGCUGAGCGACACGACGCUGUUCAAGGAGAGGAUGAGUCUCCUGCCUCAGAGCGCGGCCACGCCCAUCCACCGCCUGUUUGAGCACAUAGCCAGUGGCAGCGAGGUGGAGGUGCGGCGCCUGCUGAGUGAAGGAGAGAACAACGAGGACGUGAAGAUGUGUCAUCCGCUGUGUUCAUGUGACCUCUGUGACCUCACACUGUCUGGGCGCCUGAACGACCCGUCCAUCGUCACGCCGUUCUCCAGAGACGACCGCGGCUACACGCCGCUGCACGCCGCCGCCGCCUGUGGUCAGGCCCAGCUGAUCGACCUGCUGGUGAGUAAAGGAGCGCCGGUCAACGCCACGGACUACCACGCCCUCACGCCGCUGCACCUGGCCUGUCAGAGGGGCUACCAGGGAGUCACGCUGCUGCUGCUGCACUACCAGGCCGACCCCGACGCCCAGGACAACAACGGCAACGCGGCGCUGCACCUGGCCUCCAAGUACGGCCACGAGGACUGCGUGAAGGCCUUGGUGUACUACGACGCGCCGUCUUGCCUCCUGGACCUGCAGAAUGAGAAGGGCGACGCCGCGCUGCACCUGGCGGCGCGUUGGGGCUACGAGGGCGUCCUGAGGGCGCUGCUGGAGAACGGGGCGAGCACCGGCGUCCUCAACAAGGCCGGGGACUCGCCGGCGCGGUGCGCGCUCAACUCCAAGAUCCUCGUGUUGUUGCAGUCGACGCAGAACAGACGCCAGCGCGGCGGAGUGGACUCUCCCAGUCGAUCUCCUCUGGCUUCAGACUGCAGCAGCCGCCGCUCCUCCGUCUCCAGCACCUCCUCCCAGAGCGCCGAGGUGAAGCCGGAGGUGGAGCGGGUCCGACGCAGAGAGGUGGAGAAGCUGCUGCGUGCCGUUGCCGACGGCGACGUGGAGAUGGUGCGUUACCUGUUGGACUGGAUAGAUGAGAAGGAGGAGGAGGAGGAAGAAGAAGAAGGGCAGCUUCUGCCUGAGGCUUCGCGGUGCCACCCGCUGUGCCAGUGUCCGGCCUGCGCUCCCUCUCGGAAGCUGUCCGUCCUGCAGGCCGGCGCCCUCGGGGUGAACAGCUGCAGCGCCGGCGGCUUCACGCCGCUGCACGUGGCCGCGCUGCACGGCCGCUCGCCGCUCGCCGCCCUGCUGAUCCGCCACGGCGCCGACGUCAACGCCCGCACCGAGCAGAGCGCCACGCCGCUGCACCUGGCCUGCCAGCACAGCCACGUCCAGGUGGUCAGGUUUCUGCUGGAGUGCAAUGCCAAGCUGAACAAGAAGGAUCACUAUGGCAACACCCCUCUGAUCCAGGCCUGUUUGUGUGGGAGCCUGGAGACGACCACCACUCUGCUACAGAGCGCGGCGCUGCUGAACGCGGUGAACCUCCAGGGGAACACGGCGCUGCACGAGGCGGUGCGCGGCGGCCACCAGGCAUUGGUGGAGCUGCUGCUGAGGGGCGGAGCCUCGGCCGACAUCAGGAACAAGAGGCAGAGGACGCCGCUGGACUGCGCCUACGAGCUGGGCGGCAAGAACACGGAGAUCCUGAGAGCUCUGCAGAAAGCUCUUGGACUUUCUCCCGACGCCGAACCAAUCAAACUCCUGUCUGUGCCCAAAGGAGCUCUGGCUCAUUCGUUCGUGCAGCGUCUGAAGCUGCAGGACAGCAACAGCAGCAGGAGACAGAAGCUGGCCCAGUCCAUCAGCAGGGUCCAGCAGAUGAAGAAUGGUUCCUCUGCUUCGCCCUCCAGGUGUUCCGCCAACCUGAACCAGUUUCUCCCGGACUCGAGGCGGUUGAGGCGAGGCGAGACGUUGGAGGUCAGCUGCCCCUCGGCCUCCCGGCUGAGGGAGCGUCCUCUGGGUCGCUGUCACACGCUGGACUCUGGAGAGGGCGUCGCCCGCGCUCGCACCGCCAGCGACCCGUUCCACGGCGACCCGUUCCAACCGCGUCCGAGUCCCGGCGCUCCGAACGGAGAAUCCCCGGCGCCCGACGACCGUGCGCCGGAGAGCGAGGACGCGGGCUCGAGUCCCGCCUUCCCCGCACGCCUCGACGCCACCAUCCAGACCGAGGGAGGCGAUCGGGGAGACGCCGAACAGACGCAGGAGGCGAGACGCCGCGAGGCGGCCGACUCGUAACGCGGACGCCGGAAGGAAAGAAACGGAACGAUCCAUUUUUGGGUGACGCUUUUCUUUUUUUUGAAGUCACGAUGGAAUGUGAGUUUGUAAACUCCACAAACCCCGAACACGACCGAGUCUCGGCGUCUUCUGAUGGCGUUUCAUUUGUUUUAAUCGGGUCACUUUACUACUUCCUGUGAAACACAACACCCGGUUGUUCUUCUUCUUCUUUUUAUAUCUGUAGAAAAAGCACAAAUGUUGCACAAUACUCUCACGGUGAAUAUUUUUCUUUUUUUACGACCGAUGGAAACCGGCGACCCGGUUCGGAGCCGCGGGACUCCUUUUGACGAAGACUCCUUUGACGAAGACUCCUUUGACGAAGACUCCUUUGACGAAGACUCCUUUGACGAAGACUCCUUUUGACGAAGACUCCUUUUGACGAAGACUCCUUUUGACGAAGACUCCUUUGACGAAGACUCCUUUUGACGAAGAGUCCUUUGAUGAAGACUCCGGACUCCUUUUGACGAAGAGUCCUUUGACGAAGACUCCUUUGAUGAAGACUCCGGACUCCUUUUGACGAAGACUCCUUUGACGAAGACUCCGGACUCCUUGUGACGAAGACUCCUUUGAUGAAGACUCCUUUUGACGAAGACUCCUUUGAUGAAGACUCCGGACUCCUUUUGACGAAGACUCCUUUGAUGAAGACUCCGGACUCCUUUGACGAAGACUCCUUUGAUGAAGACUCCGGACUCCUUUUGAUGAAGAGUCCUUUGACGAAGACUCCUUUGAUGAAGACUCCGGACUCCUUUUGACGAAGACUCCUUUUGACGAAGACUCCUUUGACGAAGACUCCUGACUCCUUUGACGAAGAGUCCUUUUGACGAAGACUCCUUUGAUGAAGACUCCGGACUCCUUUUGACGAAGAGCCCUUUGAUGAAGACUCCUUUGACGAAGACGGAUGGUCUAAUACCAUUUCAUUGUGACUUUCUCUCCUCAAAAGGACGAAGGGCCGCAGGCUGACGUUACGUUUGUUUGGACGUUGUUUUAUUUAUUUUUUUCAAGUCGCUCCAUUUCAAAAAACUUCUUUUUUUACUUGAAUGAUCGGCGUUGGCUUUUUCUUGCAGACGUUUUUUUACGUUUUUUAAUCCCGUUAGUGACUGAAUCGUAUGUUAAACAAUUCGAUGGAUUCCUUUUCCUACGACCUUCACAUCUUUGAAGGACUUGAAACUUGCUGCAGAAAGAUGAACAGCGAGUGUGUUGUUGUUUACUUCAAUUUAUAUUCAUUUAUUAAUGAGAUUUUAGCAGCACCUCGAACAGACGUCAAUUUAUAACCGACAUAAACGACUUGUGAUGUUUUUAAAAUAUUCUCAGACAUUAUUUUUAAACAUAAUGAAUUAAUCUAUUAAAAGACACAUUUAGUAUUUUAUUUUUAGUUGCAGCUCUGCUUGAAAAAAAUAAAAAAAUGUAUGCAAGUUUCAUGUCUUUGCAAGUUGAUUUUUGUUCUUUUGUUUUAUGAAGAGAAAAGCAACGCCACCAGUCUGGUCCUUUCUGACAUCACAAGAGAUUUGACCCCGUUUCCAAAGGAAGGAAGCGGCAGCAGUGAUGUCACCAUCGGCGAUGUCACCGGCGCUCUUUGUGUCACACACACACCUCACCAUGUUCACUUAUUGUCACUUUAAACCUUUGCGUUUCAUCUCUCCACCGAUGGUUUGUUUAUUCACCGAUGCUUCACUGUUUAAUUUAAGAUGAAGGAUGUCAAACGCAAUCAAACUCAAGUCUUGAUUAUUUUUGUACCACUGAUUUUAUUUUUCAGGUUUUGAUGUUUUUUUUAAGUGAUGUGAAUGUGCCUUAUUUAAUUGACACCCAAAUAACCAAUAAACUCAUUAAGAUGAA